AGGUGUUAAAUGUUAUAACUUUGCUUGCAGCAACCCGGCGCAAAGAACACUAAAUUGCAGGUGCAGACAAGGGAAAUCCUUAAACUUCCAUGGCGUGGAUGCAGCUCUUUCUUCUACAAUUACUGGAAAUAGUACUAGCAGAGACAUUCUUUCUAAUUAGCCUAUCCUCGUCAUCUGGAGAUAUAUUGAUGGGGAAUAGCUCCCUUAUCAAUAACCAGACAUUGAUCUCGGCGGGGAACGUGUUCGGACUCGGCUUUUUCAGUCCUGUUAACGAUUCUGCGACUGCAUACAUAGGAAUUUGGUACUACAAUAACCCACCAACAGAAAACAAAGUAGAAGUAUGGGUGGCCAAUAGGAACAGAUCUGUCAACACAUCCAUGGCAUCGUUGAACCUGACUUCCGACGGAAAUCUAAUCUUAUUUGAGGAAGGAACACAGAUUUGGUCGACGGGAACAUUCGCAGAACUCAAUUCUGCACGUUUGCAGCUUUUAGACUCAGGAAACCUCGUGCUGACUGCCGGCAAUUCUAACAGUAUUCUAUGGCAGAGCUUCGACCAUGCGUCUGACACUCUUCUCCCCGGCAUGAAGGUAGGAUUCAACUUCCAGACCAACAUUUCGUGGCAGCUCGUGUCCUGGAAGAAUGCCACGGACCCUUCUCCGGGCAAGUACAUCCUCAGAAUGGAGGCGUAUAAUGUUCCGGAUUUUUUCUUGCUGAGAGUGAAUGAAUCCGUCAAACUCGGUCGCACUGGGCCAUGGAACGGGCAAUGGUUCGUCGGCCUUCCAAAUAUGGGGAACUACAUCGCGAGGUACGUAAACUUCACAUACGUGUCCAACCAGAAUAACCAGACCUACUUCAUCGAUGAAUAUCAGACCCGAUCUCAAGAGUUAUUGCGGCUGCUAGUGGACGCCAACGGAACGAUCCGGCUUUUGAUUUCUGGAGGGGGAGAGUGGACUUCUUUAUUAUCGAUUCUAGACGACGACUGCGAUAACUACAAUCGUUGCGGCCGCAACAGAGUUUGCACAAAGGGCUACCUCUCAACCUUUUGCCUUUGCUUGGAAGGGUUUGAGGACAAAGGCGUCGCCGGAUGCGCGAGGAAGGAGCCCUUGCUUUGCUCGUCGAACCAGUUUUCGAAGGAGCAAAACAUGAAGGUGCCCGACACAGAGAACGCAACCUCACGAGGCAAGAUUAGUCUGGAUGCGUGCAAGAAAUUGUGCUUGGAUGAUUGCUCCUGUGUCGCAUAUGCGGUGAUCAAUGGGCCUUAUGGCUGCAUAACUUGGCGCGGUGAGCUGUUGGAUCUCAGAAGUUUUACUGACGGAGACAGAGGAGAUGAUUUGUACAUUCGGCUCCCAGGAGCAUCAACGUCAAAAAAUUGGAAGCACCUCCUUUUGGCGAUAAUCAUUUCGACGUUGCUGGGAAUUUUUUUGCUGUGCAGUGUAGGUGUACUCCUUAGGAGGAGGAGAAACAGAGCAUUGCAAUUUCCAAAUGCGGAACAAGGUUUGAUUAGUCCAUUGGAUGUACUUCCUUCAUAUGGUUUGCAUACUAUAAAAGUUGCAACAAAUAAUUUUUCUGAAGAAAACAAACUCGGGGAAGGGGGAUUUGGUGUUGUUUAUAAGGGUGAAUUGGAUGAUGGACAGAAGAUUGCUGUCAAAAAAUUAUCAAGAUACUCCUCACAAGGCCCAAAUGAGUUCCAGAAUGAACUAUCCGUGAUAGCCAAGUUACAACAUAGAAAUCUUGUUCGUCUUCUAGGCUCCUGUAUUGAAGGAGAUGAGCGACUUAUGAUACUCGAAUACAUGGAAAAUAAGAGCCUUGAUACUUUUAUUUAUGAUAAAGCAAAAAGUUCAUUGCUAAAUUGGCAAAGACGUUUUGAUAUUAUAAUUGGGAUCGCUCGAGGACUUCUAUACUUGCAUCAAGACUCUAGAUUGAGAGUCGUUCAUCGUGAUCUUAAACCGAGUAAUAUUCUUCUUGACAAGGAUAUGAACCCAAAAAUUUCAGAUUUUGGCAUUGCAAGGAUAUUUGAAGGAGAUAAUGCUCUUGAGGAUGCAACAACACGACCGGUGGGAACAUUCGGUUACAUGGCACCUGAGUACUUAUCAUAUGGAGUUUUUUCAUUCAAGUCAGAUGUGUUUAGUUUUGGUGUGAUAAUACUAGAAAUCAUAAGCGGAAAGAAGAAUAGAGUAUUCAAUCAAACUGAUACAAAUCUAAAUCUUUUAGGACAUGCAUAUAAACUUUGGAACGAAGGAAGAACUUUAGAGAUUCUUGAUGAUACAUUAAAUCAAUCAUAUUCAACAGAAGAAGUAUUACGUUGUAUCCAAGCGAGUCUUUUAUGUGUACAAAAUGAUAGUGAAGACAGGCCGACAAUGACAGAAGUGGUAAUGAUGUUAGCGAGUGAGGACCAACGUCUCACCCCACUUAAACAACCUACAAUAACAACUAGCAAUGAAGAAGGUUUCACUACCAACGAAAUGAGUGUCACACUUGUAGGUCGAUGAAAUAUGUAUUUAGUUCCAAUCUGAUCAAUGUUUAGCAUCGUCAAAGUCCCUGGAUCACUACAUAAAUUUUACUAUAAAGCAAUACUGAAAUGAUUUUGUUAGUU